AUGGAUCAGGUCCCAUACGAGUCGGGCAGGAAAGAAGACAGCCGAGUUGAAGAGAGGACGCGAAACCGCCACACGAGUAAUGAGGCAGUUGAGACGCCACAUAGAUAUGCAAAGAAGAAGGAGAAGAAACAGAAAAAGAAAGAAGCGCGGGAGGGAAAAGCGCGUUCGCAACCACGCACCUCGAUUAAAUCAACGGCAGGAGCUCCCGACGUCACCACCACGACACCUCUCCUGAGUCCUGUGCCUUCCUUCUGCCUCACCUACCAUCAACGGAGCCAAGCGGGUAGAAUUUGCAUAGUUACCUUCCAGUUCCACGUCUACAAUUCUCCAUUUUAUGACAUGGACAUUCCGUCUUCAUUAGUCCACCCAAUUCCUCCAGUCUCUCCACACAUCUUGCGUAUGCGGAGUAUUGCCGGUAUUCAGCCUCACGGACAUGACCUCAUCGUCCCAUUGCCAGAGACAGAGGCUGAGGCAAAGACAUUCACUUUGUUAUUCACCAAUGUCACCGCACGCGCUGCAGUCUCCGUCGUCCACUCACAUUCGGCUUGUUCCAUCACUAAUUCAUCAUCCCAGCAGAUAAUGCGCGCCUUCUUGCUAGCUCCGCCCAAGUCGAGCUCACCGAACCCAGCCAAAGUCUCACCUCCCUUGUCCAAGAAAACAACCAUUCGGACUUGGGACUCCACCUCAAACGAUACACACCGAGGCUCGCGGCUUGCUUUGCAGUACCGUAUCGUAUUGUCUACCUACAUCGCCGCCGCUGUUUACUGA